AUGUCGGGAGGCGAUAAUGAGGAGUGCAACGGUGACGUCAGCGGUGCGGGCGGUGGGGGAGGGGAGCGGCGGAGCUGCGCGGGGGGGGGGGGGGGGGGGGGGGACACCGAGGACGCGGAGCUGCGCGCCCGUUCAUUAUUCAUAGAUGCAAUGCGCUGGCCGUGCGGUCUCCGUGAGCGGCGGCGAGGUUUAAUAAGGCGUUGUUGCGGCGCAGACGGCGGGCCGGUUGGCGGCGGCUGGCGCACUAUCUGCGGGCGGCGACCGGCGGGGGCCCGCGGGGUUGCGCGCGGCGGCGGCGGCGGCGCGGCGCGGGAAAGAGCGCGUAAAAAGGCGAGCGGCCGGCGCGCGCGGAUCCGCCGCCGCCGCGCGCCUUUCACGAGGUCGACGCCCGCCGGGGCCCCGCCGAAACCGACCCCGGCCCCGCGCCGCCGCCGCCGCCGCCGCCCCUCCCUCGGCCGCCCCGCGCUGCCCCCGCUCGGCCCCCACCGCCCCGCGCCGCACCCGCCUGACCCCCUAGGAGAUUUUCCCCAAUUUCACCGGCGCGCCGUGGAAACGGGCAGCGAU